AUGAAAAUAAAAGUGUUCCUUGAAGGAUUACUUCCUAUAGUCCUCAUACCUUUACUUGAUUUUGAAUUGCUGCUAAUGAUAAUCCUACUAUGUUUGAUGAGUAUUUUGUAAUUUUUUGCAUUUAUUUCUAAAUAUUGGAAUUCAAAGAGAUAAUUAGAAAUGAAAAUAAUUUACACAUUAUGUUAGAGUGUAUUUUUUAUUGAAUGUAGUGUUUCACUAAAUAAAAUAAGUGUUUUUUUCUUAUAUUUCAUAUGCAUUCAAAUUGGACAAGUAAGAACUUAAUAUUGUAAAUGGAAUAAAAUUACAAUCCUAUUCAACUUUUAUGUCUUAUUAAGAAUAAGUCAUUGGAGCUCUAUUGAUUUAUAUUUUUUUGGAGCUGGAUUCGUUUUAUUGAUAUUAAAUCUCUAUACUGAAUGGGCAUAUUAAAAAUAGGAUGAAGUGGAUGCUUAAUAAUAAUCUUACUUAUCAAAAAAGUCUUCUGAAAAAUCAAUUUUAAAUAUAGUUCCAACACCAGAACAUAAAAAAUAAUAAUUUCAUUCUUCAACUAAUUCAUUAUAAUAAGAAUUACAAGAAUGUUUCCACUUUUUCAAUUUAAUACCAGAUUCUUUAGUAUUACUGACAGCAUAAUAAUUAAAUGUUUAUUUUUGCAAUGCUGCAACCUUAGAAUUAUUUAGAAUAAAUGAUAUGUCAAAUUUUAAGAGUUGUUUAGAAUAACUUACUGAUAUUGUAUCAACAUAAAAUAAAUCAGAAACUAGAGAUCCUAGAGAUUCUCUUCCUUCUUUUCAUAGUUUCUAAUAAUCUUUCUAACAAUAUAAAAUAAACAAUCCAAAAUAAAUAAAAGAAGAUCUUGAUUUUAAUGUAUUUGAUUAUUUUACUAUAGCAAAUACUAAGUGAUUUAAGUAGUAUCUAACCAAAUAAGAGAUUCUUCCAGAUUCUUAAAAGUAGUCCUCAUAAUACUAUUUAUAUUGGGAGUUAUUUAGCCAAUUGGUAUGAAAAUACUUGUUGUGUAGAUUUAGAAUAACCAUAAAAGAAAAGAUUGCUUGAAAUCAAUUCUCAUGCUACUUUAGUUGAUGAAAAAUUAAUGAUUCUUUUAUAAAUAAGAGAUGUAACUCAUAGAGAUUACAUAAGUUUGGUUAAGAAAUCAAAUUAAGCAAAAUCCAAUAUAAUAUCAUUUGUUAGUCAUGAAUAUAGAACACCUUUAAAUUCAAUUAUAUAAUUCAUUUCUGCUUUACAAGAAGAAAAAGAUUUGAAUUUGUAAAGCAAAUACAUAAAAAUUGCUUUAUCUAAUUGCAAAUAUUUAUUGAAUUUAUCAAAUGAUUUGUUAGAUUUUGCUUAAUUGAAAGUUGGCAAAUUUUCAAUAUGUCCAAUAGAAAUGGAUUUAUAAAAAUUAAUUGAAGAAUGUUUAGAAUUAUUCAAAUUAGAAGCAAGUUUAAAAAAGAUCAAAUUAUCAUUAAUCUAUAGAAAAAGUGCUCCAAGAUUAUUAAAUAAUGAUCCAAAUAGAAUUAGAUAAAUUAUAAUUAAUUUACUAGGGAAUGCAUUUAAAUUUACAUUAUAAGGUUAGAUUGAAAUAAGAGUAUCAAAUUACUUAAAUAAUUCAAUUAAAGUGGAAAUUCAUGAUACAGGAUAAGGAAUAAAAGAGGAAUACAAAGAACAUUUGAUUUAAGCUUUUUCAAAAGUAGAUGAUAAAGAUAGUAAGAAACUCAAUCCUUAAGGAGUUGGUUUGGGAUUACUUAUAAGUAAUAUGAUUGCAAGAAAUUUAAGUAAAAAUGAUAAAGGAUUAUAAUUUUAAUCAGAAUAUCUUAAUGGAUCUUCAUUUUGGUUUUAUAUUUCGAAGAAUAUUUAUGAAACUGAAAUAAAAGAGGAAUUAGAUGAAAUUGAUGAAGAAAGUCCUGAAAGGAGAUAAAGUUUAUGGAGAUAUAAUAAUAUAAAAACUCAACGUAAUAGUAAAUGUAAAUGUAUCAGCAUUUUAAUUGUAGAUGAUAAUGCAUUUAAUAUAGAAGUGCUAAAAUUUCUAAUAAUGAAAAUAAGCCCUUCUAUAUAAUUUGAUUGUUCUUUAGAUGGAUAUAGUGCUAUAUAGAUGGUUAAAAUGAAUAGAUGUAAGAAAUGCAAUGGAUAUGAUCUAAUUUUUAUGGAUGUGGAUAUGCCAACAAUGAAUGGGAUCUAAACUACUAUUCUUAUUAAGAAAUAGUUUCCAAAAAUACAAAUCAUAGGUUGUUCAGCUUAUUCAUAAAAAGAAGAAGAAUAAUUGGCAUUACAAAAUGGAAUGGAUGGUUAUUUAGUAAAACCAAUAUAAAUAGAUUAACUCAAAGCAUACUUAAGAUCUAAACUUUGA